AAGUAAAACAAAUUAAAGAGAGAGAGAGAGAGAGCACAUAACAGUAGCGAAAAAGGGGGAAUCUGAAAACUUUUUACGAUCAAACACUCUGUGAGCUUUGUUCCGAUGAAAAGAAGAACAAUCGAUGCGUUUUUACUUAUUAUUACUAACAUUAUUACUCUAAAACCUUCUUCCAGAUUCUGAUUCUGGUUUUCCCUUACUUUCCCGAGAAAAUUAAUUACUUACCAGAUUGCGAGGAACAGAGAGAAAAAGAUUCGUUCGUAAUAAUGGAUUUGAUUCAGCAGCUCAAGUCCUUGUACUCCUGCGACUGGCACCAAGAAUCUUUCCCUGACUACUAUGAUUUCUCAAUCCUUCCGUUCUUCGCAUUCUUCUUCCCUUGCAUUCGCUUCUUCCUCGAUAGAUUCGUCUUUGAGAAAUUGGGUAGACGAUUGAUAUUUGGAAAGGGGCAUAAGCAGCUGGAUUUCCAGAAUGAUGAGAGAAGAAAAAAGAUUAGGAAGUUCAAGGAAUCAGCCUGGAAAUGUGUUUAUUUUCUGUCAGCAGAAGUUUUUGCUCUGUCCGUAACUUAUGAUGAACCUUGGUUUACUAAUACAAGAAAUUUUUGGGUGGGGCCAGGGAGCCAGGUCUGGCCAGAGCAAAAGAUUAAGUUGAAACUGAAGGCACUCUACAUGUAUGCUGCUGGAUUUUAUUCUUACUCCAUCUUUGCUUUAAUAUUUUGGGAAACACGGCGCUCUGACUUUGGGGUGUCCAUGGGUCACCAUGUGGCUACUGUCAUUCUCAUUGUGCUGUCUUACAUUUUUAGGUUUGCUCGUGUUGGAUCUGUUGUUUUAGCUCUUCAUGAUGCUAGUGAUGUGUUUCUGGAGAUAGGGAAAAUGUCCAAAUACAGUGGUGCUGAAACAAUUGCCAGCAUUGCAUUUAUUCUAUUUGUUUUAUCUUGGGUCUUAUUGCGCCUCAUUUACUACCCAUUCUGGAUUCUCUGGAGUACAAGCUAUGAAGUUUUGCUCACAUUGGAUAAGGAAAAGCACAAAGUGGAGGGUCCAAUAUAUUAUUAUGUGUUCAACAGUCUUCUAUAUUGCUUGCUUGUUCUGCAUAUAUACUGGUGGGUGCUGAUAUUUCGGAUGCUUGUUAGACAAAUUCAAGCAAGAGGAAAAAUUAGUGAUGAUGUUCGAUCUGAUUCAGAAGAUGAAGAUAGCCAUGAAGAUUGAGAUGGAAAGCAAGACCAUAAUGUAAUCUUAAGGCAAAGAUGAAUUGUCUUAGCUUCGAAAUUCUUCGGCACUCUUGGCCAUGGAUGCUAAACAUUUUUCAAAUGUUGAUUCAACUUUUUGA